CGGGACUGGGCUGGGAGGGAAGGUGCGGUGCAGCACGCGGAGGCCUCUCGCCUCAGCGCUGAGGGCGGCUCUGCCGCUCCCCGCCAUCGCCGGGGCGGCCUCCCGGGGGGGGGAAGGGCCCGCUCCAGCGGACGGUAACCGUCCUCGCCCGGCGUUUCAUGAAAGCCACAGGCGUGACAGGGAGGAAGUCCAACCCCUGAGGGCCCCGGCCAAGGGAGUCAGUUGGCUCGGCCCGACCGCGUCGGCGGGCGCCGCACGGUGAAGUUAUGGAAGCGUGGUAUUCACUGAGGGUGCUGCUGCGCUGGUUUAGCUGAAGGCGUGGUUGAUCUAACUGGGAUGGCUGAAGUGGUAAAUGCUACCACCCUUGUGCCCUGUCCACCUUCAUUUUGGCAGGUUUUUAUGUAUGCAGCUGAGGCAGCUGACUGCAGAACUACAUCUACUAUAGAGCAGCACCUGAGAGUAAACUGAAAUUGGCAGCAGCAUAUAUGAGUCUGUCACGUGUUCAACAAGAGCUCAUCCUGAGCAACACCGUGGGAUAAAGCCAGGAAGGUCUUUAUUUGAGAGCACUGGAGUGGAAUUCAGUUGUACCAGCUGGCAGGAAAGAGAUCUCCUUUCAGCGUCAAACAAGAGUCUACAAGACAUUAGUUUCUCCACCUUCUUGCAGUAUUGGAGUACAAAGCUCUGAAAUAAUAUUUUUCCUCAAAAAGUUACUUAUCUGUUGUUCCUAGAAUGCAAAUGCACCUGCAGCCACAAUCUUUCAGUGUUAUUAUAUUCCAUGCCAGCUAAAAAUAAGUGAGACAACUAAGGCUUGUUAAACCUCUUAACAGAUAAGAUACAGCAGCAAAGCUAUGCCCAGAGAAGUAUUCAGAACUGUGACGGUUCAUUACCUUGUAAUCAUAAUUUUACUGGGUUUUUUGUUUCUUUUCUUAAAGUCACAUCCCUGGCCUACAAAAGUUAGGGAUGAUGCUUCAGACCAGCCUUUUAGUUAUCAGAAAUAUUUUUUUCAAGCACCAUAAAGAUAAUAUGCAUAAGAUAAUUAUAUUAACACAGGGUUGUAAGGUCAGGUUUAUCGAAUUCAAGGCUUUAGAAGACACCUUUGAGCUUCUACUACUGUAAAAAGAUAAGCCUUUGUUAGGGAACACAUAAUGUUAUUUUCUCUUAACGUGGGGCCACUUUAAAUUUCUAAGUCUGCGUUACUAAACCGUCGUGGGAAGCGUAGCAGGAGGAAACCCGGGGUAAUUGGCUGCAGCUCCAGAUGCAGCUGCCCGCUCAUUGGAGAGCGGAGGGUUCUCCGAGGUACUAAAAUUAGACAAUCUCCGCCCUCCAGAAAUGCUUCUGGAAACAGCAAGGAGGGGAAAUUCUGACACAGAGCGAGGGCCCGUGGUGGGGAGUGAAGUGUGCUGGACCCUGCUCCCAGCAAAGCUGCAGCAUAUAAUGAUGCACAGAAAGUACUUUUUUUUUUUUUUUUUUUUUUAGCUUGGUUAGCUGAAAAAAAAUAAUGCACGCAAUAAAGAAAUUGCAAUAAAUUAAUGUUAGUAGUGUUUUACACGGAUGUUAAAUUCAGCAUCUCUUAUGUAAUAAUUCUGAAGCCUGAGGAAGCCUUUGAGCUGCUCAAUCUAAGCUAGGGCUGUGAGACUUGUGCUCAUUGACUUUGAAAACAAACAACUCUUGCCAAAUUAACUCUGAACUAAACUAAAAAAGUGAUGAACUCUUUCGAUCAGCUUUUUUUUUUUUAAAUAAAACAUGUUUACCCAUUAUCUCUGUGUAGUUGCAGUGUUUACAAUGUCUUCAAAUUAAAUAUUGGAUAAGAUAUCUCGGUUAAAGAAAAAAAUACCAUGUGCCUGUAUCAGUGAAGAAAAGUCUAUGUCCGAAUUACUCAGUCUCGUGCAUUUGGAACCUUUAUUUUUUAAGAAGGAGCACGUGAAUUCUAAUUCAGAAGCCAAGAUGCAGAUGUUAAUGCCCGAACCUCAGAUUUUUGUGGAAAGAACUCUGGCCCUCAUCAAACCAGAUGUGGUUGAUAAGGAAGAAGAAAUAGAGGAUUGCAUUCUCCGAUCAGGAUUCCUUAUCCUUCAGAAACGGAAGCUCCAGUUAAGCCCAGAGCAAUGUAGCAACUUUUAUGCUGACCAAUAUGGAAAAGUGUUUUUUCCCAAUUUAACAGCAUACAUGAGUUCUGGACCUUUAGUUGCUAUGGUUCUUGCCAGACACUGUGCAGUCUCAUACUGGAAGGAGUUGCUUGGACCAUCAAACAGUGUAAGAGCUAAGAGAACUCACCCUCACAGCUUAAGAGCAAUCUAUGGGACUGAUGAUCUGAGGAAUGCACUUCAUGGCAGUCUCAGCAUUUCCACAGCAGAAAGAGAAAUUCAAUUCAUGUUUCCAGAAGUGAUCUUGGAGCCAAUUCCAGCUGGACAAAGAGCCAGGGAUUAUUUGAACCUUUAUGUGAAGCCUACAUUACUAGCUGGGCUCACUGCGCUGUGUAAAGAGAAGCCCGCAGAUCCAAUGACUUGGCUUGCUGACUGGUUGAUUGAACACAAUCCUAAUAAACCUAGGCUACAACAUCACAUCACUGAGGAAGAGCAUCAGGUGUGAGAGCUCGGUGGAAACCAUCUCGAGCAUUCCAAGUUAUGGAUAUAUAUUAUCAUUUUCAGUGUAUCCCUUGGCUAUGUAAUCAAAAUUAUCUGCAGUAAAUGUUGUUGUCAUAACUACCUGUGUCUUCAUGGGAUACAUAACUUAACCAGGAUUUAAUAGUUCUAGUAGCUUUUCUAUUGACAUAGCGAAUGUAGAAUCACAUGAUAAGUUUACAGUGUCUGGUGAUUAGAAAAAGACAAAAUGAUCAUCAGGUGUGACUUAACUGCUGUUUUCCCAUUUAUCUUGGUUUGGCUGUCUGGGGAGAACAAGAUUAUUUACACCGGCGCAGAUUCCCAAAUGACAUACAGCUGGCCUGUGCGUUGUGAAACCGAGUUCUGUUUCAGCAAUUUUUUAACAGACGCAAAUUCCAUUAAAAAGGGAGGUACUUGGAGGUAACUUAGAAAACAGUUACUGCAGGCAUAUUAGCAACUUCAGAAUUUUAAUUGCCGAUUCCAUCACCCAGCUAAGGUCACUCUUGAAGAUGAUUCACUUGAACCUGAUGUAUUCUGUCAGAAUGUAAUUAGAAGGACUUAUUUGAAGGUACAUUGAAUGUACCUUUCCCAUCUCCGUGGCGAAAGGCACAGUGCUUAUAAAUAAAUCCUUGAUUUCCAUUACAAGUCACAAGAAGGUGUGUUUUGGUUAAGGACUAAAGCUAUCUUCCAGCAUUUUUUUGAAAUAAAGGCACUUAAUUGAAACAGCUCAUCUUAAGGGUGUUUUUUGUGUUCUCCUGCUCUUAAAAGGUAUGCUGAUUUCUGUUGUUUCCUCAUAUGGUUGUUUACCCUUGAACUUUAAUGUGUUCUAUUUGAAAAUUUCAAGAGAAUGGGUUAGGGGCCAUGCUAUUCAACAGGCAAUGGGUUAACGCUGCAGCGUUACCUUUUCUAAAGUAACUGGACUGAUUUACUGGUUUGUUGGGGUUUUUUUGUGGGGCGCUUUAAUUUUCUUGAGAGCUGUACUUGCACUGUUAAAUUCAAGCUUUGUAUCUUGUGGUUUGACUGGCUAGGAUGGAGAAAACAACGUGUCAUUUACACAACUCUGAAAUAUUAGUAUGCUUGACUAAUACUAAACAAACAAGCAAUUUCAUAAUUUGUUUAAUAAAAAAACUUGCUUCCCCAACUUGAGUAAUUACCAGAAACAUAAGUCAUUUGUCUGUAACAUUAAACUUUGUUUAAGCUAAUUGUUUAUCUUCUCAGUGGAAUAAACCGCUAUUGGCAGCCUGGAGAAUAAACAUUUAGAAAACUAGCCCUUACAGUACCAAGACCUAAAAAUCUUGUGACUCUUAGGAGGAGGGAAAAAAAAAAAAGCAAGCCCAAACCCUCAAAUAUAAAGGAAAAAAUACGAGGUGGUUAUAAAAAAAUAUAGUAAACAGAUCUGUUUACAACUAAUUUAUUUUGGUAUGAUUAUUGUCCCCAUACAUAUCUGCUCCAGUCACAGGACAGUUGCACUUUGUAGUUUCCUGUCAGCCAAACCAGAAGCUAAAAUCUGGUGAAUUUACAAGACGUUCCCCUGCAUUUUGUUAGUUACUAUGGCAUUUGCUUACUUAUUUUUAUGUGAUACUGCUUGACAAUAAAUAUCUCCUUUAUGUUACUGUUGGAGUUUUUAGUUUUGCUUUUGUGACAGACCAGUGUUAUAUUGUACCUAUAGAAGAUCAUAACUUCCAUAGAGAGUAUGUGGGUCUCUUGUAAGGGAAAAGCAGCUGAUUUUGCAAAUGUUACCUUUAU